UUUUUUUUUUAUUAUUCUUUUUUCUCACUAUAUUAUAUAUCCUCACAUUAUUAUUAUUUUAAUUCAUAAUGGGUGGCAUGGAAUUUACUGACAAAGUAGAAAAAGCAUUAGGACAAGCACAAAGUUUAGCAUUAUCUUAUGGCAAUUCACAACUAAUGCCAGCUCAUUUGGCAUGUACACUUUUUGACGAAACGGAUGGACAAUCAUUAUUCAAAACUAUUCUGGAAAAAGCCGGUGUAGAACCUCAAACUGUAGAACGUGGUUACAAGAAAAAAGUGGUGCAAUUACCAGCUCAAGAUCCUCCACCUACUGAAGUCACCAUUAGUCCUCAAACUGGCAAGUUAUUACAAGCAGCCAAGACACAUAUGAAAAACCAAAAGGAUUCUUAUAUCGCGGUGGACCAUCUUAUUCUUGCCUUGGCAGAUGACCCAACGACAUUUCAACCCAUGAAGGAUGCAGGUGUGACGAAAAAGUCAUUAGAGAAUGCAGUGACUCAAGUACGAGGGAAUCGACGCGUGGAAAACAAGAAUGCCGAAGAAGUAUAUGAUGCUCUCAGCAAGUAUGCAGUGGAUCUGACAGCUAUGGCACAAACUGGCAAGUUGGACCCUGUGAUUGGACGUGAUGAUGAAAUUCGACGAGUGAUCCGUGUGUUGGCAAGACGUACCAAGAACAACCCUGUCUUGAUUGGUGAACCUGGUGUGGGCAAGACAGCCAUUGCAGAAGGAUUGGCGCGACGGAUCGUGGAACGGGAUGUACCUCAAACAUUACAAUGCAAGCUAUUUUCGUUGGAUAUGGGCGCACUGAUUGCUGGGGCCAAAUACCGUGGUGAAUAUGAAGAACGACUCAAGGCAGUGCUGAACGAGGUCAAGGAAUCCAAAGAAGGCGUGAUCUUAUUUAUUGAUGAAAUCCAUACUGUGCUUGGUGCUGGCAAGAGUGAAGGAAGCAUGGAUGCUGCCAAUUUGCUGAAACCCAUGUUGGCUCGUGGUGAACUUCGAUGUAUUGGUGCAACCACAUUGACAGAAUAUCGACAAAUCGAAAAGGAUCCUGCAUUUGAACGACGUUUCCAAAAGGUGGAUGUAGGUGAACCGACAGUAUCAGCCACUAUCUCGAUUUUGCGUGGACUCAAGGAACGUUAUGAAAGUUAUCAUGGUGUCAAGAUUACCGAUUCAGCCUUGGUAUCAGCGGCUCAACUUUCAGAUCGUUAUAUCACAGCACGAUUCCUUCCUGAUAAAGCCAUUGAUUUGAUUGAUGAAGCGGCAGCAAGUCAACGUGUACAAUUGGAUUCAAAGCCUGAAGAAAUCGAUAUUUUGGAACGCAAACUCUUUCAACUCGAAGUGGAAUCGACCGCAUUGGCCAAGGAAAAGAACAAUAAGGAAGCUCAAGAACGAUUGGAAAAGGUCCGUGAACAAAUGGCUGCCAUUCAAGAAGAAUUGAAACCUCUCAAGCUCAGAUAUGAUAUGGUCAAGGGACGAUUGGAUGAAAUUCGUGAUCUCAAACAAAAACUCGAUCAACUCAAACAAAAGGCGGUGGAAGCAAAGAAUCAAUACGACUUGGCCACUGCUGCUGAUAUCGAAUAUUAUGCCAUUCCAAAUACGGAAGAGAAAAUCGCUAAUUUGACGGCUGAAAAGAAACAAGGUAUGGUGGAUGCGCCUGAUCAAAUUGUUAGUGAAGUGGUACGACCAGAACAAAUCAUGGAAGUGGUAUCACGAUGGACUGGUAUUCCUGUACAAAAUUUGGCCAAAAGUGAACGAGAAAAGUUGUUACAUAUGGAAACUGAAAUUCGAAAACAUGUGGUUGGUCAAGAUCAAGCGAUUCGUGCUGUAUGUGAUGCCAUUCGACUGUCCAAGGCAGGAUUACAAAACCCUAGUAAACCAUUAGCAAGUUUUAUGUUUCUGGGACCUACUGGUACUGGCAAGACGCUUUUGUGUAAAACAUUGGCUGAAUUCCUAUUCAAUGAUGAACGUGCGAUGAUUCGGAUUGACAUGAGUGAAUUGAUGGAACAACAUAGUGUGGCUAAAUUGAUUGGUGCUCCUCCUGGUUAUGUUGGACAUGAAGAAGGUGGAUUGUUUGAACAAGUGCGAAGAAAACCAUAUGCAGUCGUAUUAUUGGAUGAACUGGAAAAGGCGCAUAAGGAUGUGGCGAAUGUGUUACUGCAAGUACUGGACGAAGGCUUUAUUCAUGAUUCCAAGGGACGCAAGAUCGAUUUUAGAAACACCAUUGUGGUGAUGACAUCCAACCUUGGUGCUCAUCUUCUAGCUGAACAAGCCGACUUGGUCAACAUUGCCGACUCGAUUGUGCUCAAGGAACAAAUCCUGCAAAUUGUACGACAUCAUUUCAGCCCUGAAUUCACCAACCGUAUCGACGAACUGGUCAUCUUCAACCGUCUCACACAAAGCAACAUCACCGAUAUUGUGGAUGUACGACUCAAAGAAGUAAGUCAGCGUCUAUCUGAUCGCAAAAUCACCGUGGAUGUCUCCCACAAAGCAAAACUCUGGCUGGGUGAACAUGGUUAUGAACCCGUCUUUGGUGCCCGUCCUCUCAACCGUUUGAUUCAACAACAAGUCUUGAAUCCAUUGGCUCGCUUGAUCAUCGAUGGUGGUGUGCGUAAUGGUGAAACCGCUCAUGUGGAUGUUAAUACACACAACGAUAUCGUCAUUGCAAGAAAUCAUGAAAUGGAAUCAGAUUAUGAAGUGGAAGAACCUCUUGACUCGGAUAAUGAAAUGGCUAUGGAUGAAGAUUUAGAUUAGGAUUGUUUUUUUUUUUAUUAUUAAAAAAGUAUAGUGUUGUAUAUAUUAAUUAGUUUACCUUCAAUAAAAAUGUUAUUUGCAUCUUUCUGUUUUUGAUAAACUGGGAUGA